GUUGACAUUGAUGGCGAAUGCAGAAGGCGAACGAAAAAUUAUCUUUAUAAAUACUCUCUUUGUCACUCUCUCCAACAAUGUCUCGAGAAGCACCUACUGAGAAGCAUUAUGUCCACCGUCGAGCUGGCCAUGUCAUGAUUAGCUAUGAUAAACGCCUCUUUGUGUGGGGAGGAUAUAUGGAACUUGCCCACACACAUCCAUACACACUUACGACUCAUAGCAAAUGUAUGUACCAUAGUGCCAUUGAUGUAUGGAUAUAUGAACCUCUCCUUGAUGUGUGGAAACGAAAACUAAGCCGAGGUGAUAUUCCCCAGCAGCUCUCAGGGUCCUGUGCAGCGGUUCACAACGAUCAUAUGUAUCUCUUCGGAGGUUGGACAAAUAAUGAAAAUGAUGAGGUAGAAAACAGCUGUAACAAUUUAUGGCGACUACACUUACCAACACUUACCUGGGAGAUGCUACACCCUGAGGGGACUUCACCCUAUUCAUGUGAUAAAGCUGCCUGUUGGGUAUACAAAAACAGAUUCUAUGUGUUUGGGGGUUUUGGCCCACCAAGGGAGUUUGAGGUGAUGCCGAAAAUCAAAGUACAGUUUGUGCGGGACAACAUAUUUCACAGGGGUUGGAUAGAUCAGUUGGUUUAUUAUGAUAUAGUUAAAACUUGA